AUGUCUCGAGAUACCUCACUGGCGACUCCUUCGCUGGAAAGCACGCCUUUUGCAUUUCAGCAGUCGUCUCCUCUUUCUCUUCGACAACAACCCUUCUCCUCUCCUCCCGCUCCACCGUUUGGUGGUGAAGGCCAUGACUACAACUUUUCACCAUCGGCGGAGACAGAAACGGAAACAGAUGAUCAUCUAGCCAUUGAGGAUACGCAAGACGUCGAUCUGUCGGACGUUGACCGUCGCAUCUCUGGCUGUUCAUCGAUAUCCUCGUUCCCAGCUUCCUCGAUUGCUCCGCAUCAACCCUCCUCAAGACAUAUCUACCAUGAAGAACAACCUAGAACUCCGACUAGACAUGAAUCAUUCUCAGUAUCGCAUUCCUUUGAAGGGCCCGAGGGGUUGGAUCACAAACUCAGCUCACCUAGAAGUGCAAGAGAGUACCACUCUGCCUUUCGCCAUCCCAGCAGCGUCAGAGCUCUUCAGAUGCGAGAUGAGGCGAUGAGCGAAACACGGAGCGUGCUACGGCAUCAUCGCCGGAGCGGUUCCCAAAUGUCGGCGUACAGUCAGCGCAGCUCCUACUCCACCAGUACAUCUCCAACGAAACGAUCAAGCCGCUCCCAUCGUACCUCUCCCCAGAAGCCAAGCAGCAGCCUGAGGAAGGAAUUCCCCCUUGUUCUCCUUCAUUGUACACUACUUCCUCCUACUUUGCUGCCACAUAUAACUGCUGAGGAGGAUCCUUUCUUGGUGGAUUUGUUACCCGCAGAAUAUAGAAAAAGAUGGGACGCGCUCAAACAGAGACUGGUCGAUGAUUUGGAGGUUAAAUCCCGAGGGAUAUUGAUCCCUCAUCCUCGGGAGGACUACGAACUUCUUGAAGAACGACUCAUGGACACAUUAGACCUCGAAAAUCCCCGAAUACGACACAAUCACUUUCUCCACCAAGAAUCAAGUAAUGCCGACAGUGGGUUCGAAAGCGGAAGUGUGACAGAUGAAGAUGACGAUGCCCGGUGCAAUAUCAUGAAGGAAGCCAAGUGCAUAGAUUGCGGAAGCGAUUUACAUUCCAAUGCGAGAGAUCGCAAAUGGGAUAUCAAGGUCUAUGCAGCCAAUGGACUGAUGCGUGCUGGGGCUUGGGCAGCAGCCUGGCAAGAGAUGGAAAAGGUGGAUGUUGAGAUUCGAGUUCGGCUACCUGAAGCAAUUCGGAAAGACUUGGAAACCAGAAUGAAUGAGCUUGAGGCUUCAAGAUUAGCGUCAAGCGACGAUCACUUUGACCUUGGACAUGUUAACCUACAUGAGGAGUCAAUAAUCCAGACUCGCGAGCAGGAGGUAUAUGGUAUUUCUGGACGUUCCAGAAAUCAGGCUGAGAUUGAUGGCUUCUACGACGAAAUCCAUCAUGAACACGUCUUGCCCCAGGAGAUACCUUUUCCGCCGCGAGAAGAGCCUGAUCUGCAAAAACUGUUGUUUGAAAGCGCGCAGAAAUUCUCACAAGACCGCAAAAAUGUUCUAGUUGUGUUCUUGAGCUUGUUAGUACUGUUUUUCGCCAUGGCGGGCAAGCAGCAACUGGAGCCAGCAAACGGCAAUGGGAUUGUUCCUGCAAAAUUGACAGAAGUGCUCACAACGACUAUUACGGCAACGGCUGUUUCAUUUUCGACCGAAACAAUUACCUCGUCCAUCAGUUUGGAGACUAUUUCCACCGAAGCUAUCGAAGAAGUAGCAUCAAGGAUAGAGGCAGAAACAGAAGUCGAGCUGGUCAGUGCAGAUACGUACUCGUCUGUCCCGAUUCUCGAUACAUCGACAACAACGAAUGAGCCAGUGCAUGAAACAACCACGGCCAGUCUUGUUCCUGUCCAUGAUAAACCGCCUCCAGUGCUGAUGCAGUAA